CUUUUUUGCAUGUGCCUUUGAUGCCAGGCUUCCGAUUUCGGCCGUUGUGAGACUUGAAUUUUGGCGCACACUAUAAAAGCCCCGAAUUGGAGUUUUCACUCUCUUCUUUCUACCCCCAUAAAAAAAUAAUUCAUCACUCUCGGACCACCACCACAACGAAUCGACGAAGGAAGAAGAAAACCGCAUCAUCCUAAGAAGAAAGAGACACCCUUUCGUCCAAAUCAUACGAUCGUCAGCAAUAAAACAGCGCAGAGAGAUAAAAGAGAGAGACACACUGUGGCACUAACGCCUCUUCAAUGGAUCGCAAUCAUUUAUUAUUACUGAAUCGCACUUUCAACCGACUACUUUAACCACGACCCCACCCAUCAUCAUCAUUAUCCCAGCAUCAACAAUAACAUCUGUUUCUCCAGCAUCAUCAUACUUUUUUUCUCAUUUAACAUAAAUCACUAUCAUGCCCCUCUUUAAUCGAAGCAAUCCUCGUGCGCCUACUACGAUUUUUGCCACCAGUACAUUAUCACCUCGUCAAAUCGCCAAUAAAGCGAUAACCUUGGGAUGCAAGAAACUGGACCGUGACGAUAAACGAAGUCGGCCUCGCUAUCACAUGCGUGAACGUCUGUUACUGUGCAAUACGAUUGCCAAGGCCGAAGAAGUGCUAAAUCAACGCACCCGGCGCACAAAUCGUCGUGUUAUGGCGGCCGAAGAAGAUGAUUCCGAAUUUUCUAUUGAAGAACACAUGGAACAUCAGAAACACCAGCAACUGCAUCAUCAGCAUCAUUCCGAUGAACACUCGCCGUUGCGUUCAUCUACGGCGGAUGAAGACCAAGAUACGACCAUGGACGAGGCCACAAGUCCAUCCAACCACAAAAAUGAUGCUGCACCUCCCUUCCUGAUACCCUCGGCCGAGAAUGCGCCCAUCAUACCUCGGGAUUGCAGAAUCAUUGUGACUCACAACUCCAUCUCCUCCGUUCCUAUUGCCACCACCAUCAUCUAAAUCCGUCAGCUUUCUUCCUACACCAUCGUUUCCUACACUACUGUUUUUGUUUAAAUAAUUUGCUUAUUUUUUUUCUCUCUGUAAAUGUUAUUUCUUUUGUUUGAUUGUUUCUUGCGCUUCUUUUUUUAUUUUAUUUUUCUUACCGUGCGAAUUUUCCCCGCGUCGGUUUUUAUUUGACAGUGUUGUAAUCUCUCGCCAUAUUUUGGUAAACAACAUUGGUUUUUUUUUCUUUCUACAGCAUAGCAUUGCUCAAUAAAAUAAAAAAAUUACCCAGAUAUGUGC